CGCAUCUGCGCGAAGAACCUUUGCAGGCAGAUGGGUACUCUAGUACUUUAAGCGGUGCCGCCAAAGGUCACGAGCACUUACCUCAGCCACGCGCGGCGGCGUCCUUGACCGUGCAGCGACAAUGUAGGUCAGUUCGCGCGAGCGACUAAUUUCUUGAGCUCAGCUAUUUGACCUCGCAGCCAGAAGUGGAAAUAGACGUUUAGGUUGUUGCUAGGGAAACGUCUCUGUAGAAUAACACAAAGUCGAGCACUGGCAUGAAGUUGGUGUCGUCUGCUAACAGACAGCGGCAAGAGACAGAGAGUUGAAGGCAGGCUGCUGGAGUCUGGUCAGUGGGAGUUUGGAACUGUGGACAGGUGACACAAACCCAGGUACGCAGGUGGAGAGCCUUCAAUCGCCAUGAGUGCAGGCAGACGGUCUGGGAAGUAAUGGCGGCGAGACCUAUUCUAUGUUUGCUGGGCUCCAAGGCCUUUGUGGGAUUUCGGUGGAGUUCAGUUUGUGUGUUUGGAGAAAGCGGCAGACGUUACGAGACAACUGUGGCCAGAAAAUGGACGCUGGCAAAGCAGUGGGAGGGCGAACCUCAACUGUCGGACUUCCGGGUCAUUGAAGAGCCGGUGACCCUGUCCUCCAAUGCUAAGGAGAUACUGAUUGAAGCCAUCUACCUGUCUGUCGACCCAUACAUGAGAAUAGAGAAUAUUGAUAUGGGUGCAACUAUCAUGGGUGAACAGGUAGCAAGGAUAAAAGCCAGCAACACCCCGAGGUUCCCCACAGGCGGACUGGUGCUGGCGAAUGUCGGAUGGCGGACACACACGGCGGUGCCUGACCCUGACAAGGAGGAGCUCUUCGGUCCAGUGGUCAGACCUCUGCCGGACUUUGGGGGACUGUCACCAUCGCUGGCCAUAGGCUGCCUCGGGAUGCCGGGCAUGACAGGCUAUUUUGGGCUUUUGGACCGUUGCCAGCCCCAAGCUGGGGAGACGGUGCUGGUCAGCGGGGCAGCAGGAGCCGUGGGCAGCAUAGUGGGACAAGUGGCCAAAGUGCAGGGCUGUACAGUCAUUGGAUCAGCUGGAUCAAAAGAAAAAUGUGAUUGGCUACAGGAGCUUGGGUUUGAUCACGUGUUCAAUUACAAGGAGAAAUCAGUAGACGAAGCGCUGACAGAGAUGGCGCCAGAUGGAGUUGAUAUCUACUUUGACAAUGUGGGCGGCGACUUUACGUAUGACGUCAUGAAGAGUCACAUGAAGUUUAACGGUCGUAUCGCCAUCUGCGGUGCCAUUGCCCAGUACAACGCCUGGGAAAGAGAGCGAAGCACUACGAUGUUUAUCAUUGACAAGCAGCUAAACAUUAAAGGUGUUUAUGUUCCUGCCUACAACAAUCGUUACUAUGAGUUUGUUGCCCAGAUGUCGCAGUGGAUACGAGAGGGGAAGCUAAGUACAAAGAAACAAUCACCGAUGGAUUUGAGAACAUGCCGCACGCUUUUGUGUCGCUUUUCCGAGGAUCGAAUAUCGGGAAGGCUAUUGUCAGGGUUACCAAACCCGACUAGAACUCUCAGAACUACACUGAACUCGCAGAUGGCAUUUGUUUAAUCUUCCAGUUCAUCAUUGUAGUGAGUCAUCAGGCGUCCAAAGUCUGUAAAGCUGGAAAAGUACAAUUCAUUCUAAAUCUUCGAUGUGCGUUUAGUUGAUUGGUUUUUCUCUGUUUUAUCGAUCUCUCACUCAAAUGAUUCAAAAACCUGUUUGCUUACAUAUGUAUGUACGCGUGUGCGAGUGAGUGAGAGAGAGAGAAAGACUAACUUAUUGUACAAAAGACUGGCUGUUCCAGUUUUUAUAUAGAAUGUAAAGCAUGUAUCUUGAAAUCGAAAGAGCGGUGUUCAUCUCAGAUUUUGGGAAAUAGAAAGGUAUCUUACUCAGAGUUUAUACACUCAUCAAAGGUUAGUAAAAACCAACUUGCAC